AUGGACGAAAAGGUAACACAGCCACAAAAGUAUGUGGGUUUCGACACCAUCACCACGCAAAUCGAGAACCGGUUGUUGAAGCGCGGGUUCCUGCUCAAUGUGAUGGUGGUGGGACGCCUGGGGCUCGGAAAAAGUACGUUGAUCAACACGUUGUUUUCACUGAAACUUGUCGAUCUGAGCGGUCGUCGCCGGGCGGAUUUGCCCGUGGAAAAGACCACGGAAAUCAAGGUGUCGUCGCAUGUGUUGACGGAGAACAACGUUAGAUUGAACAUCAACGUGAUUGACACGCCGGGAUUUGGUGAUCAGAUCAACAACGACAAGUGCUGGGAACCACUCGUCAAGUAUAUCAAGGAGCAAUACUCGCAGUAUUUGCGUAAGGAGCUCACGGCGGAAAGGGAGCGGUAUAUUCCUGACACGCGGGUUCAUUGUGUUCUCUACUUUUUGGCUCCCAAUGGUCAACCUUUGCUGCAAACUGAUGUUCAAGCUUUGCGGAAACUUAGCGAAAUUGCCAACGUGAUCCCUGUGAUUGCCAAGAGUGAUAGCUUGACAUUGGAGGAGAGACUGGAGUACAAAAAAUUACUCCAAAACGAAUUUAUUCGCCACAAUUUCAACAUCUAUCCUUACGAUUCCGACGACUUGUAUGAUGACGAAAGGCAGUUGAACGAGGAUAUCAAGCUGCUCAUUCCGUUUGCAGUGGUGGGGUCCGACAAGGAGAUUGUGAUCAACGGCGAAAUGGUUCGUGGUCGCAAAACCAGAUGGGGUGCCAUCAAUGUGGAAGAUGUGUCGCAGUGCGAGUUUGUAUUUCUACGCGAUUUUUUGACGCGAACCCAUCUUCAAGAUUUGAUCGAAACCACGUCGAUGGUUCAUUACGAGGGGUUCCGGUCGAAGCAGUUGAUUGCAUUGAAGGAAAACGCCGGCAACCGCCAGUCGACGGCAGAAAUGCGGAGCCAACAGAGCAGCGAGAGUAUAUACCAGCGGGCAUAA